CUAAUGUCUCUUCACCCUCAGGUACCCGCUGAUCAUCGACCCCUCUGGCCAGGCCACAGAAUUCAUCAUGAAUGAGUAUAAGGACCGCAAGAUCACGCGCACCAGCUUCCUGGAUGACGCCUUCCGGAAGAACCUGGAGAGCGCGCUGAGGUUUGGGAACCCCCUUCUGGUGCAGGAUGUGGAGAGCUACGAUCCGGUGUUGAAUCCGGUACUGAACCGCGAAGUUCGGCGAACAGGGGGGAGAGUGCUGAUCACCCUCGGCGACCAGGACAUAGACUUAUCACCGUCGUUUGUCAUCUUCCUGUCCACCCGAGAUCCAACUGUGGAGUUCCCACCAGACUUGUGUUCCCGGGUCACGUUUGUCAACUUCACGGUCACCCGUAGCAGUUUACAGAGCCAGUGUCUGAAUGAAGUCCUGAAAGCGGAAAGGCCAGACGUGGAUGAAAAGCGCUCCGACCUUCUUAAACUUCAAGGGGAGUUCCAGCUCCGGCUGCGUCAGCUGGAGAAGUCCCUGCUGCAAGCUCUGAACGAGGUGAAGGGGCGCAUCCUGGAUGACGACACCAUCAUAACGACUCUGGAGAACCUCAAGAGAGAGGCCGCCGAGGUGACGAGGAAAGUGGAGGAGACAGACAUCGUCAUGCAGGAGGUGGAGACCGUGUCCCAGCAGUACCUGCCGCUGUCCACCGCCUGCAGCAGCAUCUACUUCACCAUGGAGUCCCUGAAGCAGAUCCACUUCCUGUACCAGUACUCUCUCCAGUUCUUCCUGGACAUUUAUCAUAACGUCCUGUAUGAGAACCCGAACCUCAAGGGCAUCACUGACCACACGCAGCGCCUCUCCAUCAUAACGAAGGAUCUCUUCCAGGUGGCAUUUAACCGGGUGGCCAGGGGCAUGCUCCACCAGGACCACAUCACCUUCGCCAUGCUGCUGGCCAGAAUCAAACUGAAGGGCACCAUCGGGGAGCCCACCUACGAUGCCGAAUUCCAGCACUUCCUGAGAGGGAAGGAGAUCGUCUUGAGUGCUGGCUCGACGCCCAAGAUCCAGGGCCUGACCGUGGAGCAGGCCGAGGCGGUUGUGAGGUUGAGCUGUCUCCCUGCGUUCAAAGACCUGAUUGCAAAGGUUCAGGCCGACGAGCAAUUUGGCAUCUGGUUGGACAGCAGCUCCCCGGAGCAGACGGUCCCAUACCUCUGGAGUGAAGAAGCCCCCUCCACACCCAUCGGGCAGGCCAUCCACCGCCUGCUCUUGAUUCAGGCUUUCCGCCCCGACCGCCUGCUAGCCAUGGCCCACAUGUUUGUUUCCACAAACCUCGGCGAGUCCUUCAUGUCCAUCAUGGAGCAGCCGCUCGACCUGACCCAUAUUGUGGACACUGAGGUCAAGCCUAAUACUCCUGUCCUAAUGUGCUCUGUGCCUGGGUAUGAUGCCAGCGGGCACGUCGAAGACCUUGCAGCCGAACAGAACACACAGAUCACUUCGAUUGCGAUCGGCUCCGCAGAAGGUUUCAACCAAGCAGAUAAAGCAAUAAAUACAGCCGUGAAGUCGGGCAGGUGGGUGAUGCUGAAGAACGUCCACCUGGCCCCCGGCUGGCUGAUGCAGCUGGAGAAGAAGCUGCACUCCCUGCAGCCACACGCCUGCUUCCGGCUCUUUCUAACCAUGGAGAUUAACCCCAAGGUGCCCGUGAAUCUGCUCCGAGCGGGCCGCAUCUUCGUGUUUGAGCCGCCCCCGGGGGUGAAGGCCAACAUGCUGAGGACAUUCAGCAGCAUCCCUGUGUCGCGGAUUUGCAAGUCUCCCAACGAGCGCGCUCGCUUGUACUUCCUGCUGGCCUGGUUCCACGCGAUCAUCCAAGAACGCUUACGAUACGCACCCCUGGGCUGGUCGAAGAAGUAUGAAUUUGGGGAAUCUGACCUGCGCUCGGCCUGUGACACGGUGGACACGUGGCUGGAUGACACGGCGAAGGGGAGGCAGAACAUCUCGCCAGAUAAGAUCCCGUGGUCCGCACUGAAGACCUUGAUGGCCCAGUCCAUCUAUGGCGGACGAGUGGACAAUGAGUUCGAUCAGCGUCUGCUCAACACUUUCCUGGAGCGUCUGUUCACAACAAAGAGUUUUGAUAGUGAAUUUAAGCUGGCCUGCAAGGUUGAUGGGCACAAAGACAUUCAGAUGCCGGAUGGCAUCAGGAGAGAGGAGUUUGUCCAGUGGGUGGAGCUGCUCCCCGACACCCAGACGCCCUCCUGGCUGGGCCUGCCCAACAACGCCGAAAGAGUCCUACUCACCACCCAGGGCGUGGACAUGAUCAGCAAGAUGCUGAAGAUGCAGAUGCUGGAGGACGAGGACGACCUGGCCUACGCCGAGACUGAGAAGAAGGCGAGGACCGACUCCACGUCCGACGGGCGCCCCGCCUGGAUGCGGACCCUGCACACCACCGCGUCCAACUGGCUGCACCUCAUCCCGCAGACGCUGAGCCACCUCAAGCGGACGGUGGAGAACAUCAAGGAUCCUCUGUUCAGGUUCUUUGAGAGGGAAGUGAAGAUGGGAGCUAAGUUACUUCAGGACGUUCGCCAGGAUCUGGCGGAUGUCGUCCAAGUGUGUGAAGGGAAGAAGAAACAGACCAACUACCUGCGCACCCUUAUAAACGAGCUGGUGAAAGGCAUCUUGCCUCGGAGCUGGUCCCACUACACCGUGCCCGCGGGCAUGACCGUCAUCCAGUGGGUGUCCGACUUCAGCGAGAGGGUCAAGCAGCUACAGAACAUCUCCCAGGCGGCUGCGUCCGGCGGUGCUAAGGAGCUGAAGAACAUCCACGUGUGUCUGGGCGGCCUGUUUGUCCCCGAGGCGUACAUCACCGCCACCAGGCAGUACGUGGCCCAGGCCAACAGCUGGUCCCUGGAGGAGCUCUGCCUGGAAGUCAACGUCACCACCUCCCAGAGCGCCACUCUCGAUGCCUGCAGCUUUGGGGUCACGGGCCUGAAGCUUCAGGGGGCCACGUGCAGUAACAACAAGCUGUCGCUGUCCCACGCCAUCUCCACGGUCCUUCCUCUGACGCAGCUGCGCUGGGUCAAGCAGACCAACGCCGAGAGAAAGGCUAACGUGGUGACCUUGCCCGUCUACCUGAACUUCACCCGGGCAGACCUCAUCUUCACGGUCGACUUCGAGAUCGCCACCAAGGAGGACCCGCGCAGCUUCUACGAGCGCGGCGUCGCCGUCCUCUGCACGGAGUGAGGCUCGCCUGCCCUGACCCCCGUCUCUAGUCGUAACUCCAUUUAACGUCUCUUCAUCAUUCAACUGGUGCGAAGAAGCGGACUUGUCACAGGAGGGUCGUGGGUGUGCGGUCGGAGGAAGCGGAAGGCAGGCUGCCGGCCGCGACGGAAGCUGGAAGGACUCCGUGAGGUGCCUCAGGAGCGGCCCUAGCGCGGCGUGUUCGGGGAAUAAAACACUAAGCACGA